UGUUGGGCUUGAAGUGGCCAGACGUUAAGAACGACCGUGACAGCUGCUCCUAGGCUGCGCACUCAGCGGCGGGACAGCCAAGACUGCAGAGCCACAGAAGACGCAAGAGGACAGUGAGGCGAUGCUGAUAAAAUGUGCUCGGCUUUUCUGAUAAUUGCGGGUGCGUCCCUCUGGCUGGCGUGCACCUCACAGCAGGCGACGUCUUCAAGCGCUAAAUCUGCACGGAAGCCCAAUGUCCUUCUAAUAAUUGCGGAUGACCUGCGGCCAACCUUGGGCUGCUAUGGCGACGAGCUGGCGCUGACGCCGUCCAUCGACAGCUUGGCUCAAGAUGGUGUGCUCUUCACAAACGCUCACGCACAGCAAGCCCUCUGUGGACCGAGCAGGACAUCGUUCCUAACAAGCCGCCGGCCAGACACGCUUCGCGUUUAUGAAAACCACUGCCACUACUGGCGCCACACAGUGGGCAACUUCAGCACGAUUCCACAGUAUUUCAAGGAAAACGGCUACCACACUGUCAGCGUGGGCAAAGUCUUUCAUCCAGGGCCUCCAACUGGCCACCAUCUGGACUAUCCUUACAGCUGGUCUGUCAAGCCAUUUACGCCGAAAUCUCUCUAUUUCGAAAACAAAGAGGUUUGCCCCGACCCGAGCGGUACGCCCAAGGCGAACCUUCUGUGCGCUGUGAACGUGUCCACGCAACCUCUACAAACGCUGCCGGAUCUGCAGAACGUUGAAGUCGCGACGAAAUUCUUGAGAGAGUGGCCUUCGAGAGAAGGCACAAAUAGCACACAGACGCCCUUCUUCCUUGCUGUUGGCUUCUACAAACCCCAUGUUCCUUUCCGGAUACCGAAAGAGUACCUCGAUCUGUACCCCAUUGAACGUAUCAGGCUUCCACCAGACCACGAGCUACCCGUUGACCUACCACUUGUGGCUUGGAAUCCUUGGACUGACGUCAGACGGCGUCACGACGCCAGCCUCCUCAACGUCAGCUUUCCGUACGGCCCUCUCCCAGUUGACUUCCAGAAAGAAAUACGCCGACAUUACUACGCUGCGGUUACGUACAUGGACAAGCAAGUGGGAAGGGUUCUGAUUGCGCUCGAUGAGGCUGGCCUUCGCAACGACACGCUAAUCGUCUUCGUAGGCGAUCACGGGUGGUCACUCGGCGAGCAUCAGGAGUACAGCAAGUUCAGCAACUUCCAAGUGGCCACGAACGUGCCCUUGAUCGUGUCACCGCCGAGGUCCCAAAGAAGCUCGACACCAGGAAAAGCGGCGGAACGUGUCGACGACCCGGUGGCAUUGGUGGACCUGUUCCCAACACUGGCGUCUCUGGCGUCGCUUCCCGUGCCUCCCAGCUGCCAGUCGACGGUUGGUUCGUCGCAGAGCCAGACGACCUGCACGGACGGCGUAAACUUGGUUCAUCCAGUGGAACGAAAGGAGGUGCUGCACCAGUACCCGCGCCCUUCGGCUACCCCGCAGGAGAACAGCGAUCAGCCGGUACUCGGAGAUAUUCGCAUCAUGGGCUACUCCAUGCUGUCGCGCGACUACCGCUACACCGAGUGGAUCGGUUUUGACACGACGAACUUCCGCCGAAAUUGGACCAACGUUUACGCCCGUGAGCUGUACAACUUGAGCUUGGACUCUCGCGAAGACAGCAACGUGGCGGGCUCGCCAGAGUACAAAGACGUCGUUGUAGCGUUGUCCUCCAGGCUUCGCGAACUUGUUGGAAGCUGAGCGGUUUCUAAAGGCGCUCGUAUAGCGCGAGUUGUCAAAAUAAACGCGCGUGCUCUCGGGAGAGAAGUGUAAUAGCUUGCGGUGCACGGCAUUGUUGUAUACUCGCAGUUCCGUGCACUGUACUACAAUACCACUCAGUGCAACAGUGUUGUCAACAGACUCUUAUGGCUGCUAUAGGCAAUGACUGGUUGCCUUAGCCUACUGCUGCCCCGAACUGUUUAAACCAUGGAAUAAGCACAGAGAGACUAGAAACGACACGAUAAGCACUGCCUUGUAACUUUAAAGGUUUAUUGAAAACAGACACAAUAAACACUAUCGUAGCUACGACAGGUCAGCUAUACAUAACAAAUGUAUCCACUUAUGGAAAUAUGAUGUCAAGAGCUAGAAACCAGCAAGAAAGACGGUAACGCAGAGAAAACAGAAAAAUUCCACGUACAAGUUGUCAAGACAGCGCAACUGUUCUUAUUUAUUCUUUAUCCUUUAAGUAAUUACUUUAUUUCAUGGGGUUUAACUUACCAAAGCAACACUGGGCAUAUGAGAGACGCUCCGUAGGGGUCAGCAGGUUCAUUUUUACCACACGGGCUUCUUUAACGCACAGCUUCAUUUAUGUACAGAAGCGCUUUUGCAAGCGUUUGCGCUUCCCAUUGAGCAUUGGACCGCGGCGGGUUACCAAAAGUGGCAGCGGUGUAUGAAGCUGCAAGUAUACCCUUGUUAUUACGAGCGAGAUAUGCUUCCAGUACAUGUGUAACCUCAUUAUUGUGCCCGCGAAUGACGGUUGUACGGCCAAAGCAACGCCAACAAACUAGUAGGACUUGGUCUCUCUGUCGUCUUUACCUAAAGGCAAAACAGGAUGCACUGCUGUGCUGAUGAAUCUUCCUAACGGGAGUUCUCGCACCGGUUUGUCCUGAGCGUCGGCAUAGUUCCAGAUCAGGCGGUCGUCCGUGAUUUUAAUCGGCAGCAUUACGCACAUCAUUUAGGAGCAACUCCCGCACUUGCAAAGAAAUCAAGUUUAUUCAGAGUAUGUAUGUAUGUAUGUAUGUAUGUAUGUAUGUAUGUAUGUAUGUAUGUAUGUAUGUAUGUAUGUAUGCAUGUAUGUAUGUAUGUAUGUAUGUAUGUAUGUAUGUAUGUAUGUAUGUAUGUAUGUAUGUAUGUAUGUAUGUAUGUAUGUAUGUAUGUAUGUAUGUAUGUAUGUAUGUAUGUAUGUAUGUAUGUGUGUGUGUGUAUGUAUGUAUGUAUGUAUGUAUGUAUGAGGGCAGAAGGCAAAGUGCCUGACCGGGCCCGUCCCACAAUGGACAUCAUAGCAUCUGACAAUCUGCAACACCACCAUUCACAGCAGAGUGAAGAUGAACCUGAUGAGAUGUUCACCUGGAACACUUUCUAAUAACACAUAUUCAAUAUCACAAUCCAGCAGCCCUUGCACUCCAUACAUUUGCUAACUUAUGUUAAGCAGCAGCCACUCUUUAAGACUCUUUUUGAAUUCCUAGAAGAAAGACACAAUCAUAAAUAUGGUUUUAAUGUGUUUAUUGGUAUUAAAAAAAGGUAAUAACUAAAACUCAAUUGUUCUAGCACCACAAUUUGUUGUUAUCUGUGGUGUUUUACGGGAGAUGUGCCCCAACUGAUAAUUAGUUCGUGGAUGCAAUUUUAGGUUUGAAAUGAUUUUAUUUUCAUUAUUAGUUGCUUGAUACGGCUGUAUUGCAUACGGGUAGGCUAUUACUUGUUUUAUAUUCAAUAUAUUUAGUCACCCGAAAUGUGUAGUCGUACUUUCGGAAUACGAUAUGCUGACAUCUCUUAUUGUCUUCUUUCGAACUGUAUUUAACUAAUAAAUAUUCUUUUUGAUUACUAACAA